AGGGGCAUGUUGGCGGCAGGACUGUAGGUCAUGACGUACAUCCGGCGGGAGCAGUGCUGAGCGCGCUGCGUGCGCAGCUGGACGCGGUGAGUCACUCACUCAGAGCCGGAGCGGUUGCGGGAAAAAUGGCGGAGGCCGACAGCUGGGAAGUGGAUAACUUUGAGCCCGAGGAGGUGAAGCCGAAGGCUGCCGUGGUAGUAGACCGAUGGGAAGGAGAGGAUGAAGAGGAGGAUGUGAAGGAUAACUGGGAUGAUGAGGAGCCAGAAGAUGCAAACAAACAGGAGCCACAGAAGUCUGAACAAAAAGUCACAGAAAAGAAAAAACUCUCAGAAAAGAUAAAAGAAAAGGAGAAACAACAGAAAAAACGGCAAGAGGAGUUAAAAAAGAGGUUAGAGGAAUCACAGGAGCCUCAGGAGUUAUCCCCGGAGGAACAGCUAGCAGAGAAACUGCGUUUGAAAAUGUUGCAGGAGGAAUCAGACCUAGAAUUGGCAAAGGAAGCUUUUGGUGUCGUCAGUGUUACUGGAAUUGAUGCAAUGAAACCGUCUACACGAGAGGACUUUACAGAGUUUGGAAAACAGCUGAAAGAGAAGAUCACACAGUAUGAGAAGUCUCUGUAUUACCCUGGCUUUCUAGAAGCACUUGUUCGUGAUAUCUGCAUAUCAUUGGAAGUUGAAGACCUAAAGAAAAUCAGCAAUUCGUUGACUGUGCUAUGUAGUGAGAAGCAAAAGCAAGAGAAGCAAAGCAAGGCCAAGAAGAAGAAGAAAGGUGUGGUCCCCGGUGGAGGAUUCAAGGCCACAAUGAAGAAUGAUUUAGAAGAUUACGGAGGUCUGGAUGAGGGAUAUGCACGAGAGUAUGAAGAUUUCAUGUGACACUUGUGUGAUGCUCAGGGCCAUCAAAUCAGCACUGCGGGCACCCUCUCCCCUCAGGCCAAAUGCUACAGUCAAAGAAUUCUUCCCCUGUCUGCCCUCCCCACCUGGCUCCAGGUUUGUGAAUCUGGAAACUACCAGGGUAUCAGACUCGUUUUACACCCUGCACUUGCUGUCUGCCCGAUAUCCCUAGGCCAGUAAUCUCUUCCACUCUGCUUGUGGCAUGCGUGUUUAAAAGCUGAUGUGCUGCAGGCAGAGUGGUAUUGGCCCCCCCAUUCCCCUACCUACAUCAAUUUGAAUUUUUAUUGUUUCAGCAGUGUUUGGUUUCUUGGUAAACCCUUCCAUAUUUUUCUUUUCUCUUUCACUUCCUGCCCACAAUUCUGCUGCCCCCGUUGCCACAAUAGGCUUCAUAUUGUGGUUGAAGUUCUAGCUUUUGCUGAUAUUCCUCCUGGAUGCAGCUCAGUGCUUUUCAUACAUUUUAAAACAAGACUUCAUAUAAACAGAACUUCUACUUUUACAAAUGUGAACCUGCAGGAGAAGGGCAGCGGGUACCACUGAAGCCUCUGCCCACACGGGGUCCUCUCUUGGUGCUUGAAGAGAAAUCAGAGCUGCCGGUUUGAAGCCUGUGUGUUAUGAGCAGCGUCUAAAGAUCUUGGAAGGCUGGGGGGAUUAUUUUGUUUUUGGGGGAGGGGGCAGUGGCUUAUUUAGUGAUGGAGUGUAUGUGUGGUUUCAAGGUUGGUUACUUGCUUUUGACACUUGCUCCUAGGUACAGGGUCUUACAUCUUCUCUUAAACUUCAAUUCUGCUAAAUUAUCGGAUGGCGCUUUGCAAGCAGGUCCUUCAAUGGGAGAAUUGUUAUAUUAACAAUGAGACUGCAAGUUUGUUUUAUAAGACAACUAAUUUAAUAAACUCAUCCUUGUGACGAGGGCCGUCAAGGGUUUCUUCUCA